ACGCCGCAAGGGCAAAAUUCAGCUGAGGCGAUCUGCCGAUCUACAAUUUCUUGUGGUUAGCUAUGUUGCAAAAUCAGGGUGUUGAGUUUGACAAUGGAUGAAUCUUCUGAUGGAGAAAUUAACUGGCCAAAAAGUUUCAAGCCGAUCUUGAAAGGUGGCAGUAAAUACUUCGUGAUCGACGAAUCAUUUCUGCUCGCACUAGGAGUCAAAGUCCAUGUAAAGCAAAGAGGAUUCAAAGAUCUCGAUCACAUACUAGAAAGACACGGUAAGUGGAAUUUACGAAUCUUUUCACGAAUUCAAUGUAGUUUAUCAGCUAUCGUCUAAAGAAUCGAGGUAAUGGGCAAUAGGGUACUAUUUGUCAAGCCUUCUGAUAACCUGCGAUUACGCGAAAAGAAACUUAUUUCCCUUGGAUUGAACAAUCAAUCGAACACUGCAAUGAAAACCCUGAUCACUCGAACUAUGUUACCCUUAUAGGCUGAAAACAUUACGAUUGCAGUAUUGCAGGACCAUGUUUGUAUAUGAGCGAGGUGUGAUUUCAAACCCUUGUAUCUUUCUCCCUAAAAAUAUAAUAUGCUGUAUCGUCUUUCUUUUGGUUAUUGUUGUAGACAAUCCAAUACAAUUUUUAUCGUAUGCAUGUUGAUUUAUCUAAAUUAUUUAAAUUGUGCUUUUUAAUUUUCAAUAAAGUCAGUUUAAGUCACUAAAAAUUGAAGAGCACAAUAAAAAAUAACUCCAAAAUACUGACGAUUAAAUACACCUGCCCCUUAUUAAAUUUUUCAACAUAUAUUUAUGCAUGGAUUUAUUACUCUAAUGCCCUUUUCUUGUCAUUUCACUAAAAAUGGGCACACCAAAGUAAUAAUACAGUUAAUGCUACAUUAGAGCUUACUUUAAUUUCUGCCAAAUUUCUAAGAUUUUUUGUCCAGUGCUUAAAAGACUUCAUCAGCUCAGUUGAGUUUAUAUGCUCUAACCUAAAGUGCCUGAGGUAGUUUUGACCAAAGAUUUAAAUGAUAUUUUACAAGUUUGCAAAAGGGAGGCUUAAAAUAACAGUCCUGAACUGAGUGAAAGGAAAACAAAUGUUUGAUUAAGUUAUUGGAAAAUUUACUUUCAAAAUGGGUUCCCUUAUAAAUUACAACAGGAAUUUAAUUACAACAGGAAUUUAAAAUGCUAGCUUUCUAAAAACACCGCAUCUCUGCCCACUGAUGUCAUAACUUAAGUUCUGGUUUGUACCCUUUAAGGUUUAGUUGUACAAGAUGAAUAUCUGUUAAAAAAUGGGUCAGCAAAACUCCGCACCCACGUGUCCUGUAAGGCAGCAAUACUGGUGCUGUUCAACUUCAGCAGUGCUAGGAAGAGCGAAGAAGCAGCAGCAGCAAGAGACUUGCGGUGUCAGUUGGUAGACAUCAUACUUGUAAAUGUUGCUCCCACAUCUGAAUCCCUUCAACAACAAGCCAAUAGAGACAGUUCCGCAUAUCCUUGCCCCACUGUUUCUGGCCCUCCUGCACAUCUGUUGGAGUCGACAACUCCUGCUAACUCUACUGUUCCUGGCCCUCCUGCACAUCUGUUGGAGCUGACAACCCCCGAUAAAGGACACCUACACUGUAGCAAGGGGAUACCUUACAAAAAGUGUACUUUUCAAUUUUAUUCGUUUCCUUCUGCAAAACUCAAAUUGAACUCGUAAUGUUUGAAACAUUGGAACAUUGUACUUGCUUACCAGAGGUAAAUUAUUAGGUUGCUGCUAGUUCAUCGCAGGAUUACCCCCAGCAGUAAAUUCCCCGGUACCCAUUUAUACACCUGGGUGAAGAGAGGCACUAUGAGAGUACAGUAUCUUGCCCAAGAACACAAAGCAGUGCCCCAGCUGAGGAUCCAACCCAGACCGGCUCUCGCAUUUUAGUUAAUUACCAAGAACAGA